CAUAUAUUUGCAUUUUUAAAAUAGCUAAAAACGUGUUAACUGCUUUAUAGAAAAGCUCUGCUGGCGUGCAUAUAAAGCCGCAGCUGAUGCCCAAUCCGUCGGAUUUGAAGUGCAGCAUCUUAAAAAUGCAAAAACUCGCAGUAGUUCUGUUCUACGUGAUAAUCACCGGAUGUCCCCAUGGAUUUCAGGCUAUUUCCCCAAACUGCACAAAACCAGAAAGACUUCACAAAGAGUUUGAAGAAAGCUGCCACAGAUUUUGCUUACCUAUCGUAACGCCACUCACGGCCUACGUGCAACAGUUACAGGACGAACUGAAGUGGCGCAAGAAGUAUCCAGGAUUCGAGAAGUAUGGACACGGACUCUUCUACGUCGAGCAGGCAAGACUUGUGAACUGGGCCGGGGCCAUUGCAGCUUGCCACAGAAAGGGAGCACAACUAGCCGAAUUCGAGGACGACGAGGAGUUCCAGGCAAUUAUGAAAAAAUCUUCACGCAAGGGCACCUACUGGCUGGGCAUUAUCGAGGGCAAGGACGGUAGGUUCACAUCCGAGGCCACCAAAAAGCCAGCCCGCUUCUUAAAUUGGAUAGAUGGCGAACCCAUGAAACUAAAAGACCGCGCUUGCGUUGCAACAAGUUCUGGCCAGGGAAUAUUUACACAGCCUUGCCAACAGAUAAAUAACUAUAUUUGUAGGGUCGAGUUACCUUUAAAAAAGAAAUAAUGUAUUUACAAGUUGCAAGGUACUAUUUUGAAUGUUUGCCCAUAUAUUUACGUUUUUGUAAUCAAA